CAGCGGUUGUUGACAGGCCGUGGAGGCGGCUGGCGGGGAGCUGCUGUGUUUUCUACCAUGCCUGAGUGGGCGAGCUGCCCUGGGCCGAGGCCUCUGGGCUGGGGUUGAAAGAAGCUGAUCAGAUGCAGAGUCUGGAGGGUUCGGGGACCGGGCGGUCAGUCGGGACGCAGACUGGCAGCAUGACGGGUCAAAUACCAAGGCUUUCUAAAGUCAACCUUUUCACUCUGCUCAGUCUCUGGAUGGAGCUCUUCCCAGGAGUAGAAGCCCAAGGGCAAAAGUCUCAGAAAAACGAAGAAGAAAACCGUGGCCCCUUAGGAGAUAAUGAAGAGUUGGCCAGAGUAUCUGCUGACAAAAAACAGGUGAAGAAAACUGGUCUUGUGGUGGUGAAAAACAUGAAAAUCAUUGGUCUUCACUGCUCUAGUGAAGACUUACAUACUGGGCAAAUUGCUCUUAUCAAACACGGGUCCAGGCUGAAAAACUGUGACCUCUAUUUUUCAAGAAAACCGUGUUCUGCUUGUUUGAAAAUGAUUGUGAAUGCUGGAGUUAACCGAAUUUCUUACUGGCCUUCUGACCCAGAAAUAAGUUUGCUCACCGAGGCUUCUAGCUCUGAAGAUGCAAAGCUGGAUGCCAAAGCAGCAGAAAGGUUGAAGUCCAACAGCCGGGCCCAUGUAUGUGUCUUACUCCAGCCGCUGGUGUGUUACAUGGUGCAGUUUGUAGAGGAAACCUCUUACAAGUGUGACUUUAUCCAAAAGACUGCAAAAGCACUGCAGGGUGCUGACACUGAUUUCUAUUCUGAGUGUAAACAAGAAAGAAUAAAAGAAUUUGAAAUGUUAUUUUUGGUUUCAAAUGAAGACAUGCAUAAGCAGAUACUGAUGACUAUAGGUCUGGAGAACCUGUGUGAAAACCCCUAUUUUAGCAAUCUAAGGCAAAACAUGAAAGACCUGAUUCUACUUUUGGCCACAGUAGCUUCCAGUGUGCCCAACUUGAAACACUUCGGAUUCUACUGUAGCAACCCAGAACAGAUUACUGACAGUCACAACCAAAGCUUGCCGCAGGAAGUUGCAAGGCACUGCAUGGUGCAGGCCAGGCUAUUGGCAUACCGAACUGAGGAUCAUAAAACGGGAGUUGGAGCUGUUAUUUGGGCAGAAGGGAAAGCUAGAAGCUGUGAUGGAACUGGAGCUAUGUACUUCAUAGGAUGCGGCUACAAUGCCUUUCCCGUGGGCUCUGAGUAUGCUGAUUUCCCCCACAUGGAUGACAAGCACAAGGACAGAGAAAUACGGAAGUUCAGAUACAUCAUACAUGCCGAGCAGAAUGCUUUGACAUUUAGGUGUCAAGAUAUAAAGCCAGAAGAACGCAGCAUGAUUUUUGUGACAAAAUGCCCUUGUGAUGAAUGUGUGCCUUUAAUUAAAGGUGCAGGCAUAAAGCAGAUCUAUGCUGGGGAUGUCGAUGUGGGGAAAAAGAAAGCAGACAUCUCUUACAUGAAGUUUGGGGAGCUUGAGGGUGUUCGCAAAUUUACAUGGCAGUUGAAUCCAUCUGAAGCUUACAGUUUUGAUCCAAAUGAGCCUGAAAGGAGAGAAAAGCAUCUGUCCAUCAAGAGAUCCCACUAAGAGGGUGCAAAGGCAAGCCACGGAACAGAAGACUUGUGCCACUUACAAUCAGCUAAGGGCCUGUGUCCAGGAUUUCCCACAUGUGCGUCUCAGGAGGAAGACAGGCCUGCGGGCGCCACCGCGAGAGGACACAAAAGGCUGCUGGUUAUCAGGCAGGGGUUUUUGUUGUUGUUGUUUUUAAGCUUCUUUUUUUUUUUUGGUGUUUUUUGUUUUUGUUUUAAAUUUAUUUCAACUUUUUUUUCCAAAUUCCCACUCCCUCCCCUCCGCCCACUCCCUUCCCUCUUCCUCCACAGACCCUCCCACCCCACCCCCUCCAAUCCUAAGAGAGGGCCAUGCACCCCGUCAGGCAGGUUCUUAACCACCCAGGCAGUUGUUUGCUUUUGUGACAGUUCAUCAAGCUCAGCUUAUGUUUGAUGCCUUUUUAAACAAGAAUUUUAUACCAAUAAAUAAUAUUCUUAUCUCCUUUUCAAUUAUGGAAUAGCUUCCUAGUGUAUAAUUUACUUACCAUGAAUUUACCCCUUUAAAGAACAGAGCUACCUGGCCUUCAUAUGUUCAGAGCUGUGUACCUGUCACCACAGUGUUUCAUUGCUUUACAAAGAAACAUGAUACCCAAUAUAGUCACCCUGUCCUUCCCGCCCCAGCCGAGCCAGUGCUAGCAGCUUUAUGGAUUUGUCUCCACUGGCCGUUUCACAUACAUGGACUCAUACAGUAUGUGGUUCCCUUUUAAACUUCUAUCUGUUAAGAAACAGACAGGAGAAUUAAAGAAAUAAAAGCCAAACUUCAGCUCUGUUGCCACACGGAAGCUUGACGCCAGGCCAUAUCGUUCGUCCAGCUGUCCACAUGGGAAGGAGAUUUGCUGCCUCGUGCGCUCUCAGUGACAGUGGCAGGAGCACAGCAGGGAGGUGGACUGUGGGUGAUGCCCUAAGCAUCCUGU